AUGUUUGAGCUAUCGACGUCCAAGGAUGAGUUUAUCUCUGCCUACAAGCUACAACUCGACGCAGGAUCUACGGCUGAUGUUGAUCGCAAUGGCCUAAAAUUAGGUCGUUGGUCCGGCAGACUCUUGGGCUGUCAUAACGAUUGCAUUCCCAAUGGUUUCAUGUCGUUCAUUUGUCCGGGAAUCUCUGUGGCUCAGAUUACAGCACGCUUGGGGCUGAUACGCUACAAGUUGGUGCUUCAAAUAUACGCAGCGCUGUAUGUCCUGACUCUUCUGGCUAUAUCUGCAAACAGUACCGUCAUCAAUUUUGUCAGUGUCGUAGCUGCAAUUGUUGCAGUAUUGGCAAUAUCCCGACUGCGGACGAAAAUCCGCGUGUUAUGGCAAGGCACACUGGAGCAUAUGAAUCGGGAACAUGCUCCUUUCGUGCUCGGUCAACAGUGGAAGGAUACGUGUGUCAGUAAAAAGAGGAAGCUGGAAUCAGUUUGCAAAUGCAUCGUUAGCUCAAGUAUACAUCGUUUUCACCAGCACUAUAUAUCACUUGUACCUUGGUAUGUACAGACAUCAUGUCCAACAAUUACACAAAAACGGGGAAAAGCUGAGCCAAGGCGUUCUUAA